AUGACGGUAGGAAAUGAGUUCCCCGAUGUGUGUGACGCGUGCCAAGUCUAUAUCAAGCGAAAUCAUACGAUUGCCGGCGCCUGUUUGCAUCCUCAACAUGUCCUCAAGGCUCAAGCUUUUGACAACGCCUCUCAAGAUCCAUACUCUGUGGGCAUUUAUGAGAAUCUCCGUUUCUCUACUCAACCCUCGUGUCCACGUUCUGUUCAUAUCGAUGAUCAAGCCAUGCUCCACAACUUCUUAAUGGAGAAACUGUUUCACGGAUCCAAGGAAGUUCCUCACAUUGGACGUGCCUACUUCCACCAAAGCAUUGCGCUCGUGUCCAUUUGCAGACAGGUAGUACCGCAUGUUGGAUUGGAUUUGGACCGAGAGAAUCAACUUGAGCAAGCUAUAGAAUUACUAAACAAGGCACUUGAAUAUGCGAGAAAGGCUGGGCGUCAAGAAAAUACAGAAGCGCAGGAAGCACUGAACACCGCUUCCCUCCGUAUUGUCAAAUAUCUUCGCGUAUACCAUGAUCAUCCGUACGGCGGUCAUCCCUUCGACCGUUUAUGUACACAGCCGGAUAAAGUGAUGGGCGACAUCAACAAGCUAUUGAUUGGCUCACAAACUGAUACCGACGCUCAUGCGGAGGGCAAAGUAAAAAACCAGGUGGCCGUUGCGAAAGAAAGGCUUGAUGAAAUGCGCAAAAAGGAUCAGGACGCUAGCCAGCAAAUUCAACACCUUUCUGAGAGGUUGAGAUUCAAGGUGGAAGUGUGGGUUUGGCCUGCUGAGGUAAAUCUCAACCAAAGCGGGGUACGUCGACGUGAAGUGGUUCUUGAGGAAGAUGCGAUUCUAGAUCAUGUCCUUUGUCGAGUUCUCGACUUCGCUGCUAACGACAAACUCACUUUAUCCUUGACCCUGAACCCACAGUUUUACAAAACUUUUUUAUCCCUCAACAAACCGCUCCCUAGUAAAAUCGAACCUUUGCAACCAAGCACUAUGCUUUCAGACCUGCGACCAAGCACUACGCUUUCAAACGACCCGCUUGUUCUAAAUCUUGUGGUGGAUCGACAAUGGCGUGUAGUUCUCGACCUAGCCAAUCAGGUCCAAGUAUUUGGAAAUGUCAUCAAAGUUCGAGACGACGUGGUCUUCUUAAAAAACAAGCUUGGGGCUCUGGAGUCAGCCCGUGAACUGUUCAGCAACGGGGAGCUGGUAUCAUUCUAUAGUUACCCACUGGAAGUCACAAUGCAAGUGGAUGUUGAAUGGUUCUCUGUCGUCACCAAAGCAGCUGAAAUGGAUGAAUCCUGUGACUUUCUUGUGUCACAACGUCUUCCGAACGAGUCCACCUUCAAAACUUUGGAUUGGAAGCCAAUCAACAGGUCGCUGCACCAACGUCCUCCGAACGAGUCUACUUCGGAUUCCAACAGAUCGCCGCACACAGAUGUUGUGUCAAAAAAGAAACGAAACCCUGAAGGAAAGCUUCAAACUGUUGCGCAUGAGAUCGACUAUAUUGGUGCUAAUAUGGGGCCAAUAUCGCAAAAUUUCCAGCGAGAACAGGCUCAACAAAAAAAAGGGUGGUUUAAAAGAAUUUUUGGCAAAGACGACCUGCCAAAUGCAAUGAAGUCUCUCCGGGAUGGAUGGCAGUUGACAUUCCAGAGUGCUGCCGUAGUUUCUGGCCUUCUUGCGUCCACCGCUUCCGGCUUGUAUAGUUUUUUCAAGGACGAGAGCAAGUUUCGCGCGCGUACCAAUCCUGAUGGAACCCGCACUUUUGUUUUGAUUUUGUGUUAUUCCUCUCUCCUCUUCAGCAUCGGCGCGGUGAUCACCUCCUUCAUUCUCAUUGACAAGCUUGGUGAACUUCCCUUUUACGCGUCGGCGAAAAAGGACUUGCCAGCAGCUGGGUCUUUAAGUUGCUCAUCCAACGACAUACUUGUCAGGCACUGUAGUAUGGUCGACAACGCCAAUGACCUCCAAGCUCCAAUGACGCAGCUGGGCAAUUUUGAAAACAUUGAACAGGUUGGCAAUUGGGUACUACAAUCCCAGUCCAUAACUCAUUCCAACAUAAAUACUCCUCAUUAA